AUGAGCGGCGGCGGCGGCGGCGGAGGGGGAGGAGGGGGAGGGCGGGGCGCGUCCGCGGCGGCGGGGCCGGUGCCGGCGUCCGCGAGGAAGCUAGUGCAGGGGCUCAAGGAGAUCGUCAGCCGCCCCGACGCGGAGAUCUACGCGGCGCUGCGGGACUGCGGCAUGGACCCCGACGAGGCCGUCAGCCGGCUCCUCUCCCAAGAUACUUUUCAAGAGGUAAAGAACAAGCGCGAUAAGAAAAAGGAGGUGAAUAAAGGCACACCUGAGCCUAGACCCCGAGGAACAAAUAACUCAAGUCGUGCCACUAGAGGUGGCACAGAUCGUGCUAACCGAAGCAGUUCAGUUCAGUCUGUAUCGAGUGGAGCUGAUAACAUGGCUUCUAGGUCAUCAAUAUUGGGGCCUGGUGUUCCAUCAACCAAUUCCAGUCAGAAGCUAACAGUUCCAAGUUCCUUUGUAAGCAAGGAUGCGGUUCCUGAUGUAUCAUUUGGCGCACUGCAACCAUCAUCAGGGUUCCAGCAAAAUUGGUGCGGGGUGCCUGGUCAGAUGUCAAUGGCUGAUAUAGUUAAAAUGGGCAGACCACAAGGAAGAUCUUCUAGCAAGCCUACGGCCAAAACAGACAAAGCAUUAGCUCAUCAAAAUCCAUCAUUAUCAAAGGAAGCAAACCUAAACUCAAAACAGUCUGCAAGCACAGCCCUUCCGACAACGUUUGACCAGAGAUUUCCAGCUCUUCCAGAUCAUAUUCCUCAAGUUUUGAAUUCUAGUCAUGCUUCUGCUGACAGCCACCAGACACAUGAGAAUGUUUGGUUUCCUCAGGAUGAACUACCAUCACAAAGACAAUUCACAGCCCCUGAACCAUCUGGUGACCCAUCAUUAUCUGCGGCAUCAUUCGAGUCACCUUUGCUGGUUGAUGCUGCUGACCUGCAUGAAAAGUCUCACGCAGAAGAUAACACCUCGCCUGGAAUGCAAACAGCAAUACCUUCCGGGAGACAAUUGGAAGUUCUUCACGACAAUAGACAAUUCAUUGAUGGAUUAUUGCAGAACUCAAGCACAUAUCAAUCUCAAAUGCAUUGCUAUGAUGAUGAAGUUGAGGUUUGUGAUGUGGAUGUGGAAUCAGCUGCGACAAACUUUCAGCAUCUAAGGCUGCAAAACGAAGAUCCAGCUGUAGCUAAUUCUAGCGAUGAUAAUCCAGCGGUUAUAAUCCCUGAUCAUCUACAACUUGAAAAUACCGACUGUGCACAUCUAAGCUUUGGUAGUUUUGAAUCUGGUGCCUUCUCUGGGUUGCUUCCAUCUAAGGUCCCUAAAUAUGGUGCGGAAGAGGUGCCUAUCCCAGAUGAGCAAUCAGUUGACCAAAUAGACGGCAGGAAUCAAGAUUACUAUGACAGUGGUGCUCUACAUUCAUCAGAAAAUGAGGAUGUUGAGGCCAGAAUUGGUACUAACACGGAGAAUAUUGAAGUCCCUUCAGUUUCACAGCCAGAUAUACUGAUGCAAGGUGCUCUGGACGUAUCUGGUCUUCAGUAUAACCCGCCAUCAGUUUCAGAUCAUGUGUAUCAGAACACAACACAGCCAAGUAUAGUGGAGAGUCAACAAGGAAACACACAAGCACAGGAUCUUUCUCAUUUUUCAAGCUUCCUGCAAGCAAAUCCUAUGCAAAACAACUUUGUGGGGUCAAAUCUUACCCCUCACCGGGAUUUUGACUUUUCACCGUUUCUCUCGCCACAGUCGGCUAUGAAAUACAACCCAGCUGUGCCAACUACCAGCUACCCGAUCUCCAUGCAAGAGAGUUUGAGUCAAGGGGGUUUCUCCAACACUCGGUCUACACAAAAUUUUCCCAGUACAAGCAUUCCAUCAGGACUACCUCACCCUCAGCAGUUGCCUGUACAUCCGUAUCCUCAGCCAGCUCUACCACUGGGGCCUUUCGCCAGUUUGGUUGGAUAUCCAUACUUGCCUCAGAACUUCUAUGUACCAGCACCAACCUUCCAGCAAGCGUAUGCAAGUAAUGGACCUUUCCAGCAAUCUGGCGGUGGUGAUGCUGCCGUGCCUGAAUCUGCUAUGAAAUACUCAAUGCCGCAAUACAAGAGCAGCCUUCCUGCUACAAGCGUACCGCAACAUUCACCCGUAGUCCCUGGUUAUGGAGGCUUUGGAAGUUCAAGUAAUAUUCCGAAUUUUGGGCAAAACCAGAGUGCCCCCUCCCCUGCUGGAACAAUGGGGACUGAUGAAGCUUUAAGCGCACAGUUCAAAGAGGCCAAUCACUACAUGGCCCUACAGCAGCAGAGUGACAACUCCGCGAUGUGGCUUCAUGGAGCUGCUGGUUCAAGAACCGUUUCAGCUGUUCCACCUGGUAACUUCUACGGUUUCCAGGGUCAGAGCGCGCAGGGUGGCUUCCGCCAAGCGCAGCAGCAGCCCUCUCAAUACGGCGGUCUUGGGUACCCUAGUUUCUACCAGUCGCAGGCUGGCAUGCCACAGGAGCUCCCGCAGAACCCUGCCGAGGGACGCUUGAACAGCUCCCAGACUGCCCCGUCUCAGCCAUCACACCAGAUGUGGCAACACAGCUACUAAGAUCUAGGUCUUGCCUUUCUGUGGAGGUCUCUUUUACACUGUCAGGCUAUAUGCGUGCCUUGGCAUGCGCCAUGAAGCGAGCAGAGUAGCUGAGCUGUCAGUGUUGAGCUCCGAGAAGGUCCGAGAAGGGGAGGACGAUGUGUUCCAUAUAGUUUCUGAGUAUGCUUGUUUUUCCUUCUUUAUGUUGUAUUUUUCACUUGUUGCGUGUGUUUCGGAACUAGUUUCAGCGUGUCAGUGAGUUAUACUUGAUUAGUGAGCUGUUGUCUUGUAACAGUAAAGUACUAACUUAUCUAACAGAGCUGCUUCUUAUACAAGGUUUUGUUCUUCUCA